UUCACCUUAGUGAUGUUUGGGAAGCAGACACUGUAACAUUGCUGUCUACUUUUUGAAACUUUUGUUCUUUAUUCUCUUUAAUACAAUAUAUGUAGUAUAGCUAAAGCAUCAGCAUUAGCAAACACUACAUUAAGGAGGUUCAACAGCAUUGAUCUAUACUCCGAGGAGAAAAAAUGAGGGCAAAUCAUGGUACGGAGCUGCCAGAGGACUUCUGGAUUCCAAUCCCUCUGGAUACUAACAACAUCACAACACUCAGCCCUUUCCUGGUUCCCCAGGAUCACUUGGGCGGCUCGGGCAUCUUCUAUGCCCUCGCAGGAUUUAUGUUUUUUGUAUUUGUGUUUGGCACUGGCAUCAACGCUCUCACCAUUGCAUGCACUGUCAAAUACAAGAAGCUCCGGUCCCACCUAAACUACAUACUUGUGAACUUGGCUGUGGCAAACCUUCUUGUGGCCUCUGUGGGCUCCUUCACUGCCUGCUGCUCCUUUGCAUCUAGAUAUUUCAUCUUUGGACCUCUCGCAUGCAAGAUUGAAGGUUUUAUGGCAACACUUGGAGGAAUGGUCAGUCUGUGGUCUCUUGCUGUGAUUGCUUUGGAAAGAUGGCUGGUCAUCUGUAAGCCACUUGGUAACUUUGUAUUCAAGCCUAACCAUGCUGCAGCUUGCUGCAUCUUUACCUGGCUGUUUGCUCUUAUUGCCUCACUUCCUCCACUGGUUGGAUGGAGCAGGUAUAUUCCAGAAGGUCUUCAGUGCUCCUGUGGACCAGACUGGUACACCACAAACAACAAAUACAACAAUGAGUCUUAUGUGAUGUUCCUCUUCUGCUUCUGCUUUGCUGUUCCACUUACGACCAUCAUCUUCUGCUACACACAGCUGCUGAUUACAAUGAAAAUGGCAGCAAGGGCCCAGGCUGAGUCUGCCUCCACUCAGAAGGCAGAGAGGGAGGUGACCAAGAUGGUGGUAGUCAUGGUGCUGGGCUUCCUGGUGUGCUGGCUGCCUUACACCACCUUUGCUCUUUGGGUUGUGAACAACCGUGGGCAACCUUUCGACCUGAGACUGGCCACCAUACCCUCAUGUUUCUCUAAAGCCUCCACAGUCUACAACCCCAUUAUUUACGUCAUCCUCAACAAACAGUUUCGCUCAUGCAUGAUGAAAAUGCUUGGGAUGGGUGGAGUUGAGGACGAAACAUCAACAACAUCUGCAGUGACUGAAGUCUCCAAAGUCGAGCCUGCUUAGACACAUCAACAUCGACUGGUUUUCCGUUCCACUAAUUAUUUGUCCAUUGCAAAUAGAAAUGGUUGAAAGUAUGUUUUUUCAUAUAAGAACGCGUCUAAUGUUGUAAAAUAACAUAAAUAAUCUGUAAAA